AUGGGAUACUUUGCAAAAUUAGUCCCACCGUAUUAUAAAUAUCCAGUGUUGGUUUUUCUUUUCUGUGAAUUUGUCUACUCUGCAUUCGUUCUAGCCAUAUCAGAAGCUUACUACAAAUCAGCUGCACUUAUUCUUCCAAUUGCAUAUAGGAUUUUCGAUGAUACAGUCAAGAAAAACAAGCCGGGAUUCGAUUGGUCUCCGGAAGAAAAAGAGAUUCUCGAAGUGUAUAAAGUACAAAUGCUAUUCUUAUGGGUCAUCUCAGCAAUUGGAGUGAUUCUUUGUAUUUUUGUAAUGAUUCCGCAGUUCUUCGAUUUCAAUGACAAGAAAGGAAACCCAAGUCAUUUGUGUCUGGUACGAAAGAAGCUCGCUUGGGUAAUGCUCAUAAUCGUAGCUGUCUACAUUAUCGUUUUGGGGAUAGCAGUUGUUUGGGCUUGGUCAGACGGUGGAGCAGCUGCAAAACACUUCCACACGCAUUUCGAAGGAGCUGAAAAAGAAGAGAUCUAUAUCACACAACUUGAAGAAGCGUUUGAUUGUGAAUCAGACGACGAUCAAGAGGUUGCUGAAGUGACUAUGUGUUGGGAGAAGGUCAACAAAACAUUCAUCUCGCACACAUGGCUGGACAUUCUAUUUUUCGCUUAUCUCUCUGGUCACAUUUUGGUUUUCGCUUCACUGCCAUUCUUCAAUAAACAACUCUUCAAAGAGGAUGACGAUGACUACAUAAAUGCAACAUCUAACAAAUUACUAGACAACUGA